AUGGCUUCGACAUUAACGGUUAAAGUACAUCCGGUUGUAUAUUUGACUAUUGUUGACGCAUUUGAAAGACGCUCGAACAAGCCGGGUGCUAAUGACAAAGCACUAGGCACAUUGAUGGGAUUCUAUGAAAAAAAUGCUAUUCAGGUAACAAAUUGUUACGCAAUACCAUUCCGGGAACAAAAAGAAGACACACCAGAACUAGACGAUGGCUUUAAUCAGACAAUGUUAAUGAUGAUGAAACGAGCAACGCCUUCAGAACAACCAGUUGGAUGGUUUUACACCAACGCCGAUUUGUCAAUCCAUUGUUUGCCAUAUCAUGACUAUUAUAAUCGUUUGAUAAGCGAAUCAUCAGCCAAGAAAGAACCGCCACCAGUGAUCCUGCUUACUGUUGAUACAACUUUUAAUUCAUCAGAUGAAAAUUAUCGGAUGCCUAUACGAGCGUACUUGAGGAUUAAAGCUGGGAUUCCUGGAACUCGAGAUCCACAUUGUGCCAUUUUUAACCCGCUAAAAGUUGAAUUCGAUGCUUUUCCUGGUGAAGGUGUUGCGCUAAGUUUAGUGCAGAGUGGUACAGCUUAUAGUAAUAAACAGCGUGAGGUUGUUUUGGAGAACGGUUUGGAACAACUCGAGAAAAGUACGGGUGAAAUGAUAAUUUGGUUGGAGAGACUUUUGAAAUAUGUGAAUGAGGUGCUUGAAAAACCGGAAUUACCCGUUGAUUCGUCGUUUGGACGACGUGUGAUGGACAUUGUCAGUACUGCUGCAACUCAUAUGUCCGAUGAAAAGUUGGAUGUAUUGGUUAAAACAAGUUUGAGGGAUUAUAUGAUGAUUUCCUAUUUGGCAAGUUUAACGAAAACACAGCUCUCAUUACAAGAACGCUUAGUGGCUUUGUGA